AAAUCUGGACAACAGGUAAUGGUUGAAGAGGAGAACACGCUGGUGGUUCGAAGUGGUGGGAAGAGGAAACGUGAGGAGGGUGAAGAGGAAGGCUGCAAGUACCUCAGGCUUGAGAGGAGGGCACCCCAGAAGCUGUUGAGGAAGUUCCGAUUGCCGGAGAACGCAAAUGCCGCCUCCAUAACCGCAAAGUGCGAAAACGGUGUUGUGACUGUGGUUGUGGAGAAGCUUCCUCCACCUCCCAAGCCCAAAACAGUUGAAGUUGCCAUUUCUUAA